UUUUAAUGGUUUUUUCUGGGUAAAAUACAACUUAAACGUUAUCAACUCUAUUUGUAAAACAAACAUGUGAUUUUCUCCCCUCCUCUUGCGUUUCGAACUCUAUAAAAAGAGAGAUCAUUUAUAUUCUCUACUCUGUCACUGUCUUCGAACCCAGAGAAAUUCAGAAAUUCUGCUCUCGCUGUUCGAGUUUCAUCAUGAAACUUCUAGUUUUUCUUCUGUUACCUUACCUCUCUCUGAGUGAGGUUGUGCCGAAAUUUGGUCAAUGCAUGCAGUUCUUUUUGAAUGAUGACCCUCCUCAAUACACACCAUCAAGGAGCACUCCACCGAAUGCAGACGAACACAUCUGUCAGUGUCUCUGGGAUGACAGUGAUAAUAAAAUAUAUCUUUAUGCAACUUUGUACAGCAAAACAUGGAAGAUCCCCAUCUACUCUGCGUAUGUGUUUGGAAGCCCAAAUAUUGGCAGGUGUGACGUUUGGUACAUCGAACCUCAGCUGGAUAUAAAAGUUGAAGAUCCAUGUAUGAGACCUAAAGGUUACAAUCGCAAUAUUGGUCAAAAUCAGGCUGUGAAUAAAGACUAUGAUAAGUCUGGUUAUGACAGAGGUCACCUCUACCCGGUGCAGCACACGAACAAUCAUCUGUCCAUGCUGGCCACCUCCACCCUGACCAACGCCGCUCCACAGGACCCAGAGUUCAAUCAGAAAGCAUGGAAGGUACAUGAGAAGGCUGUUACUGAUGAUCUAAAGUCCUGUGAUAAGGCUUUUGUGGUGACUGGUGUAGUUCCUGAUACCAACAAGAAAAUUAAUGGAAGAGUUACUGUCUCAAAGUAUUACUGGAGAGCCACCUGUUGUCAAAAGGGACUAGCGUUCAGAGGGAAUGGUUACUAUGGACCUGAUAACAAUGGCAGAGUUCAGUCAUUAUCAAUUAGAGACCUACAGAAACAGCUGAUCAAAGAUUACAAAAUAAACUAUUUUAUAAUUUUCCCAAGCCUGCCAAUCCCCGCAGGUCACAAAAGACCAAUCAGUGAUUGUAACUAGUUUAGCCUUUAGCCAAUGAGCUAAAAAUAAUUCAGCUCGCGUAUAUAUAUAUCUUUGUCUGGGGUUGGUAAUAUCAAUUCUUCACACUCUAAAUGAUGACUUCAUGCUCCUGACCUGCCUUUCUGUUAUUGUAAACAAUAUAUCUCGCCGUCUUUGUCCACUUCACUGUUUCACCGUUACUGGAUUAACAUGUAUGCUUUAAUAAAUGCUGGAAAACUUAUGAAAACA